AUGACGCGUCCGCAGUGCGAGUCGCCCGUACGCCUUGCGGCGGACUCGGCGCCCACCGCGCACGCGUCAGCGACACCGAGCCGGAGGCCCCCCCCCGGCCGCAGCAUCUCGAUCGCUACCGACGUCAAGUCGCCGCUGAACCACCGCCAUCCGCUCCGUCCGCAGGAUGGUGCGGCGCCGGCCCUCGGCCAGAGUCCCCCUGCGCUGGUGCAGCGCGGGAGCCCUGCCCCCGUCUCGCCGAGCGCGAGUUCGACGUGGGCGAACGGCGCGCGGCCGUGGAGUCCGACGCACACUCGCAAUCUCGGCCGCGCCGCCGCCUAUGCGGCGCAGAGCAUUGUCGAUGUCGUCGCGCGCUCUCUCUCGCCCACGCUACAGGCGUCCACGCUGUUCGAGUCGCCGACCGUCAUGUCGCCGACGCAGAUGACGCCGUUCCACGAGCUGAUUGACGGCGGCAGCCGCACCGAAUCGCCCGAGGCGUUUCUGCAUGCCAAGCAGCGCGCCACGGUCUCGAAGCGCACGCGGCGACGCAACACACCCGACCUUCAGCCCCGUACGCAACCCGAGCGCAUGCACAGCGUCGACUCGGAGCAUGCGGCGGUCCGCAUGAUCUCGUCCCGGGCACAGACGCCGGCCGAAGAGUACAUCGCACGCCACCCCCUGGCCGCGCGGCCGAUCCAGCCGCCGAGCGAGCAUACCAUUUCGAUGCACUCCGCGCCGCGGCGCCGUGUGGCUGCGUGCGCGCCGUGCCCGGCGCCGCGCCGCCCCCGCUGGUCGCGCGAACGGCUGCUGAGCGCGAUGCACCAGUUUGGAGCGACGCUGCAGCUGCUUGUGCACCCCCGCGAGCUCGCGGCGUGUGUCUGGCGGCGCGGCGCGGCGCAGGCCCGGUACUGGGACGAGGCCUUCCGCGAGCCAGACACCGGCGCUCGGUGCUGGCACCCGCCGUGGCUCCAUGCGUACAUCCCCCUGAUGAUCUGGCUCGGGGUGACGCUCGCGAGCACCGCGAUAGUCGUCGUCUUCCACUCGGCCGUCUUUGGCAUGCUGGACGCACUGUCUGUCGCGCUGCGGCGCCGCGGCGUCGUGGGCCGCGUCCUGUUUGGCGUGAUGAUCUUUGUAACGACCUUCCCCCCCUUCCCCCUGUAUUCUACCCUGGUCGUCCUGUCGGGCUUUGCGUUCGGCAUGUGGCAGGGAUUCAUGGUGAGCUAUGUCGCGGCGCUGCUGGGCGCGCUGACCGUCUUUUCGCUCUCGCGCUCCUUCCUGCACGGCUGGAUGACGCGCCUGCUGCGAGCGAGCGGCGGCCUGAGCAAGGUGGUGCGUGCGAUCGAGAAGCAGCCGCGGCUCUUGUUCCUGGUGCGCCUCGCGCCCUAUCCCUACAACCUGCUCAACACGCUCCUCGCGAGCUCGACGGUGCUGACGCUGCGGACGUACAUGCUGUGCACGGCGUGUGCGCUUCCGAAGCUCAUGGUGCACACCGCGCUUGGCGCGUCGAUCAAGAGCUUUGCGCAGUACCACGCGCCCGCAUCGAGCGGCAACAUGGGCGUGCUCGUCGCAGAGACACACGAGCCCGAAAAAGAGCGCGCCGAGACCGUGCGCCAGGUGGCCAGCUUUGUGGGUAUCGCGCUGUGUAUCGGCAUCUUUUUCUAUAUCUACCACGUCACCUCCCGCGCAGUCGACGAUCUCGAGGACAAGAGCGAGGGCGAGGCCGCCGCGGAGCUCGACGAACUGCUCGGCACGUCGGAGGAGCUCGAGUCGGACAAGGACGAGGCGCCCUACUCGCCGAGCCAGGCAACGCCGAUCGAGCCGACGUGGGUGCACCCCGCGCUGCAGCGGCGCCGCAGUACUCCGCUCUUUGCGCCAGAGAGCGCCGAAGCAAAAGACGUACUCUACGCGCCGAGCGUCUAUGCCCCGUCGGAGCUCGGGCGGAGCGCGAGCCUGCACCAGGCGCGGCGGCCGCUGUCGAUCGCCGAGCAGAUCGACGAGAUGGAACGCGCCGCGGAGGCGCAUGGAUCAAGGUAA